AUGGAUGCAACCACACUCGACCGAAGAAGGUCGCCAUGAACACUAGAGGCGUGGCAGCAGCGACCGACCCUGCAACAGAGUACGAUGACACAACUGAAGACGGUCUCCACGACGGGGUUCCCUUGUUCGCGCCAGAUGGUGGUCGCAUUUCGACGGUAUAUCAGUCUCCCGCCAAUGUGUCACCGACAAAAGCAAUCUACAUUGACCGGUUCUACGGCGACGGGUCAUUCUUGAAAUUGCUACAGGAAACGCUACAAAAGAACGCUGGCAUGCUCAAGGACGGUUUAGUCAAGUUGGCGCUAACUCCUGUCGCAAUAGCGUACCUGAACGAUCGUUUACACACGACGUUGUGCCCCAAACGAGCGACGCGGGCGAAUUGACGGAUGGACAAUCCGAGGAACAACAAACUCGCAAUCGUUUCGCCGCGUACUGUCCCCACGGAAGAGCGACGCCUUCAACGACCCCGACGUCGCCCCCGUGGGGCACUUGGACGUCUUGAAGCUAUCGACUCUACUGACGGAGAUAACAUGCAUCAAAGUGACUGGAACCCCCGAUCAAACGGUCGUUCAUUUCAACAUCUUUCCCCGCUUGAAGCGUAUUGAGUUGCUUCGGACGUCUAUGGUGGUGUUGGAUCAACUGGCUUGCUUUACGAUGCAGCUGGAGGUUUUACACGUCACGGAAUGCGUCAUGCAAUCGCCACUGGACGUGUUGCGCCACGGGGGGUCAUGGUCGCGCUUGACGAUGUUGAAGAUUGUUCACUCGGACCUGCGAGAAUGGUUCCCUGACGAAAUGCUUCGGGUGUCUGCGAUACAACAGCUCGACCUCUCCAACAACCGGCUGGCCCAACUACACACACUUCCAGCCCGGUCCAAUUUGCAGCGAGCUAUCCUCAGCCACAACCGCCUCAAGCUAUUAUCGCUCCCAGAGCCGUAUCCAAAGCUGACGUGGCUGGCGCUGGAUCACAACGCUUUCGAGUCCCUGCGAUCAUUACCGUGGUCAAAUCUCGUCAUGCUCGAACACCUGGAUGUAUCGUUCAACUGCUUGAACGACUUGGCCGACGUCAGUGUAUUGAAUCAACUUGAGCACUUGCGCACACUAAAGUUGAUGGGGAAUCCUAUGGCGGCUGUUCCAGACUACCGCCGCCAAGUAUUGUUUUACUUGGGAGAUGUCGUUGAGCUCGAUCAAGUUGCCUGGACGUGGACAGAACUCGACAGCAUGCGGUUUUCACGCCACAACAAAGGCACGACUGGCCCACUGACAUAUCCGCUGCUUCCAUCGAAACCAAUGCAAAUGCAAGCUCGCAUGGUCCAAAUUCAAGAGCCGCCGGCGCCCUACCUCUCGAUGAUUCGAAAACCCAGAGCUCACAGCGCAGCAUUCAGCGAAGGCAGCAUGGUCUCGAGCGUAGGUCGGACAAGUGUCGCCUCAGAAUGUGAGGUGCCGAUGUCACCAGCGUCGUCCAGGCAGCGGGCGUUGUCGUACCACGUCGAUGAAUUCCUUCGUGAUUUGGCCGAUGAAAUGGACCCAGACGUCGACGACAUGCCCGUCGAGUUCGAACACGUGAUGCCCCCGACAACACCCGGCAUGAUCGUCACGAUCUUUUUGUCGAUGGAGCAAGCAGACUCGCUUGACUUACCUCUGAGCCGCGAAGGGCUCACGGGGCUCGUCCACGUCACGCCGACCAAGUUAAUGGAAUACUUACCCGGCGGCGGCGUCAUUCAGCGGCAUCGGGCGCAUCUGUUGUGCAUGGCCGUCUUCACCACGAACGAUGCGCACCACAUGACGAUUCAACUGGGCUUUCGCCAUCGCCCCACCGUCGCGUACAAGGUGUCGGACACAGCGACGGCGGUGAAAUUGGUCCGAGCUAUGCAUGAAACCCUGGCGGACAAAUCCAACUUGGUGGCGUUCAAGUGCAAAGCGUGUGGGGCGCUGGUAAUAUCGAGGGAGAGGCUGUCGAAAAGUAAGAUGGACGUGCUGGUGGUCUUGGCCGUGCAACAGUGCUGGAUCUGCAAGAGUUCGAACGGCCGGGAAUACGCGGCCGAGACCAUCCCCCAGUGCUAUCUCGACCUGGGGCUUGAUGUGGUGGAUACUGCGCUGCCAACGACGCCAUUUCUUGGCCCACAUGCCAACAGAGAGUUCUACAUUGACGCAGAGUACGACGACGGCGGAUUUGUCGGAGGUCGCGACGAGAUCAUUUGGGUCGUCACCGACACGUUUAUGAAGGAAGUUAAGGUGGCAGCAAACGACGUAGCGCCAGAAGACGACAACGGUUCGACCGACGUGAUGGCGGCGACGUACCGACGGUGGUGCGGAACAUAGAACGUGCAGUGGCAUCCAUGAAACACGCUCAACCAGACACCCCUAAUCGAUCGAAAUUCCUGGAU